AUGGCAGUCAGAGCCACGCCGUUCGAGUACUGGCGCGACGAGGCGCCGCUCGGGUACACGACGCCAGUCGGGGGAAUCAUCUCCCAGUACGUCGCAUCCUGGUUGGUAACGAUGGGGUUGCCCUCUUCGUCAGUCGCAACCUCGCCGCUGACGGCCUCACUGUUAUCGUUAUUGCCCUUCGAAUUCUUAUUUCCCUUGCCGCUGGCGCUCUCCUCUUCCUUAUCGUUCUCUAGCGUGCCUUCUUCCUUGGUUGACUUGCCUGAGCCGCUGCCCUUGGAAGAGGAUUUGGCAGAGGACGUCGGCGAGGGUGAGUUCUUCUCCGACGACGUUGCCUUUGUCGCAGACUCGGCCUUUGUGGAAGAAGGCGAGCUGUCCUUGUUAUCCUUGUUAUCGUUGUUGUCCUUGUUAUCUGCGCUAGUGGGCUCAUCCGCACGCUUGAACAGGGCCAGCUGGUCCUUCGGAAUGAUCCCGAUCUUCAGGUUUCUACAGAAGUCAGAAUGCACGGAGAUGCUUAGGUCAAUGGCAAUGUCAACACAGAAAGGCAGUGCUUACAGGGCAUCACAGACGCAGAGGCAGUUGGACAACCCAUUGUGA